UCAAUAUGAAAGUCUACAUUCCAGCUUCAGGACCUGAAAACAUCGACAUUUUACCAAAUCCAAAAGAUGAAAACGGAAUGAGUUUCAAGACCCGCCCCUCUGGUUAUUACUACAAGAACUCAUGGCAAGCACUAGGUGGCGCCAGAGUACAUCAGUUUAACUCCAGUGCAAUCAGCCAGUGUCUGAAAGGCAAAGCUGUUCACAUCUAUGGAGACUCCACUGUGAGGCAGUGGUAUGAAUAUUUAACCGACUCGCUACCAGAUCUCAAGAAGUUUGACCUUCGCACCCCAAAGCAAAGUGGACCUUUAAUGGCGCUGGAUUACGUGAACAACAUUUUCGUGACAUUCCGCAGCCACGGCCCUCCCCUCCGUUUUAGCAGCUCGCCCGUCAGCCAGCUGCAUUACGUCGCCAAUGAACUGGACAGAGUGAUCGGAGGCACCGACACCGUUGUGGUCAUCGGUGUCUGGUCUCACUUCAGCACUUUCCCUUUCGAGGCCUACGUCAGGCGUCUGCUGAGCAUUCGGAAAGCGGUGGCAAGACUUUUGAGCAGAGCUCCGGGUACCACUGUCGUCGUCCGGACCGCGAACCCAAAAGAGAUGACGCUUUUUGAGAGUUUGACUAACAGCGACUGGUUUUCGCUGCAACAGGAUAAGAUACUGAGGGAAAUAUUCAGAGGAAUGAAUGUCCAACUGGUAGAUGCUUGGGAGAUGGUCCUGGCCCAUCACCUUCCGCACAAACUCCAUCCGGAGUCGGACAUACUCAAGAAUAUGGUUGAUGUUCUUUUAUCUUUUGUAUGCCCUUAAGCUGACAUACCGCUAGAGGACUUUCCUUCCGUUUCUACUUCUCCUUAAGAUCCUAGAGAAAAGUAGAAAUGGAUUUUAGGCGAUUGAGAUUGGAAUUGGGGAAAAUAUUGGCGCCAUAUUGUUACAAUUGUUUCAUUCGGUUGUUCUGAAACAACCGAAUGGUCUGUUACUGAUAUGUUAGCGUCUUACAAAAGCAUCUUCAGUGAUUCCUGUCGCGUUUCAAAGACUUUUUCAGGCUGAGGACCACCUGACCCUUUUGACGCAACAGUUAUUCUUUUGUUUUUGUUUGGAAAUAAUCCCACCAGAUUUGAUUCUGAUGCAUCUAGCAUCCUCUGCUGAAGCAACAUUAGCGCAUUAGCAUAUGUUGGCUGAGAAAAUGACUGAACAGUGGUCUCUUACGACACCGCGGAGGUCAACGUGACUGAAUUUGCACUCGUGUCGCACAGAAAUGACCAGUUUCAGUUUCAAUAAAGUGCUACUAUCAGAAGCUGAGAGUAUUUUGACUAGCCUUCAGCCCUCCACUGCUGUCAUGAUUUCUCGAUUUCUCACGUGUCUACAGGUUAACACAGUAUUACAGGUAUCUGCAAAAUCUUAGUCAAGAGAUUUCUACCUCAUGAUACGAUAGUACUGAAGUGACAUAUUCUUAAUCUCCAACGCAUUUUGAAUUCUCCUCCUAUCAAUAUAUAUAUAUAUAUUGCAUUCCGACAUGCCAAGCUGAAAAUGAAUUAUUUUCCUCUUGAAAAAACAGUUAGCAGGAAUAUUGUUACCACAGUUUAAGGUGGCCAAAGAAGUUUUCUUUACAAUUUAAAGGUCUUUUGAUGUACAUUUAACAUGGAUAACAGUUUUUUUUUUCAUAUAAAGGUACAGAUUUUUGUGUCAUGAAGUAAAUAUUUGAAGGCAAUUUUAGAAGUCAGAGCUAUACAACAAAUGACAUUUCAAACUGAAUGAAUCACAAAAUGUUUCACUUUUCUGAAAAACCAUUUCUUUCUUUUUUUUAUUUUUAUUUAAAGAAUGUAAACGGUGGUUGCUUUUAAACAGUUCGGUGAACUGAAAUCAAUCUUUCUUGCAAAGAAAAAGACAAUUAUCACAAAAGGCCAACUGCUGUGUUCAAGUUCCCUCUUGAAAUUAAAAAAACACUUCA